GCAGUUGUAUGUACAUUCAACGUAGUUGAGUGGAAGGAAGUGGUGAGCGUCUUGGUCUUUGAAGCGGAGUUUUGCAGUGAAUGAGGUCGUGAUAUCGGUGCAGUCUGUUGGUCAUGCGUAUGCCUGCUCGUCUGUGGCCCGUGAUGCCUAUUUGCUGGUAACCGAAGUCGUGCACCCUGUGCUGUUCAGUGAUGCAGGCGUUACGUAUCAGCAAGCGACGACACAAGGGGAUGCGCAAACUUAUGAAUAAAAUUGAAGCACGACAUCUGUCACCCGCGAAAAAUGCGCAGCCGUGGCCAGACUUUUUUUGCCAGUUUUGGCCAGCCAAUGAGGUUGCGUGAGGGUUAGGCACAGUCAUUCGCAGCCUCUCACGGCCACACGCAGUCGGACACAUUUUUCUGGACGCGGGACAAAUCGCUGCACAUCCUGGUCUGGCCGUAAACCAUGGGUGCGUCACAGUCGACCGGAGGCGGUGCCACGCCCGGAGGCAGCGUCGAGGUCAAGACAAGCUACUACGAGCUGCUGGGCGUCGAGCGGACUGCGACCCAGGACGAGAUCAAGAAGGCGUACCGCAGGAAGGCGCUCGAGCUUCACCCCGACCGAAACUACGGCGAUGUCGAACGCACAACCGCCCUCUUCGCCGACAUACAGUCUGCCCACGAAGUCCUCUCCGACGAGCAGGAGCGCGCGUGGUACGAUGCGCAUGAGGGGGACAUACUGCGGGGCGGAAAUGGGGAAGGCGCGACAGAGGACCACUACCAGGGCAACAUGCGUGUGACGACGGCCGACGACCUGGCGCGCAUGAUGGGCAAGUUCAGAGGCAAAGUCGACUUCUCAGACUCGCCCAGUGGCUUCUUUGGCUACGUGCGAGAGACAUUUGAGCAACUUGCGCGCGAGGAGGAGUACGCAGCAGACUACGAGGACAUCGACAUACCAACCUACCCUUCCUUUGGCCACAAAGACGACCAGUAUGAAGGCGUGGUGCGCGACUUCUAUUCUGCCUGGAACGGUUUCGCAACAGCAAAAAGUUUCGCGUGGCUGGACGUCUAUCGACUGUCAGACGCGCCCGACCGUCGCUUUCGUCGCGCCAUGGAGAAAGAGAACCAAAAGUGUCGCGACGAUGGCAGGCGCGACUUCAACGAAGCUGUCAGGACGCUGGUCGCCUUUGUGCGCAAGCGAGACCCGCGAUACACGCCAAAUACACAGUCAGACGAGGACAAGGCAAAGGCACAACGUGAUGCAAGAAAGGCACAAGCUGCGCGAUCACGAGCUGCACACCUGGCGAAACUAGAGCAGGAACCACAAGCGGUGCCUACUUGGGCCACAGAACGACCCGCUGACGAAGAGGAGGGGGAGGAAGAGGAAGAGGUUGAAGAGGACAUAUACGAGUGCGUGGCCUGCAGCAAGACAUUCAAGAGCGAGCGCCAGUACGAAGCGCAUGAAAAAAGCAAGAAGCACCAAAAGGCGAUCCAAUCGCUCAAGAAGAAGAUGAAGAAAGACAACGCCCAUCUGAAUCUGGACGAUGACGCCCUUGGUAGUGGUGUGCUGACGCCAGUGGAAGGUGACGGUGAUGUUGAUUCUGAAGCAGACGACUUGGAAGAUUCGGUGCAAGAUCUCACGCAGAAAACCAAUGAGCUCGAAGUAGAAGACGUCGAGACAGACAACGAUGAAGAAGCGCAUUCAAAGGGUCCACCACCAGACCACACCAUAUCUGGACCGCAAAUCAGCCACGACACCGAACCUGUCGAGGACGAAGACGACGACGACGACGAUGAUGAAUACGUCUCACGCUCCGAGAUCGAAGCCCGCCUCGCAUCCUUGAAAACAGAUCCCUCCACGCCUUCCGCCGAACCCAUCGAACCCAACACCACAGUCCCCAAGCUCGGCAAAGCAAAGCAGAAGAAGGCGAAAAAGGCAGCCAAACAAGCUGAGGUAGACCAGUCGGGUGCUAAGAACAAAUGUAUGGGAUGCGACGCCGCUUUUGCUUCCAAGACACAACUCUUCCAGCACUUGCAAGACCAUCCCAAGCAUGCGGCAUUGAAGACAACGAACGGUGGAGGGGGCAAGAAGGGCAAGAGGAAAUAGGCAGUAGAAUAUGAUUUACGAGGUAUGAUUGACGAUAUGCAUAUGGGGGCUUGGGGUUUGCAUGACUAUGGCGUUAUAGACGGGAGGCCCACUCACGGAUUACAAUAGAUGAGGGUGUUGCAUAUGGGUUUGUAGAUGGAGGUGCUCGCUCUACGAAAGUGUUAGUGCGUGGCGUUGAAGAAAUAUUAUUCUGCCUAUCGGGCACCUUUUCUCAUCACGUUUCUGAGCACUUCUCAGAUGCUCUUUUUUCUCGAAAUGUUAUAUAUCAUGGCUUGGGAGAAACAAGGACCGUUC